AUGAAGGGGAAAAAAAGAGAGCGGCAAUUUUGGCGCGCUAGUAACAAGUUUUGGGCUUCUCUGUUCGGCUUCGUCACAUCUCUCCGCAGACCGCCAAACCAAGCAGCUUUGGAAGCUCCGCAUUUUUCUUUCUUCUUUUUUCUUUCUUUUUAUCAGAAACAUCUUUUUCUUGAAAACCCCAGAAUCUUAGGCCUGGUUUCUAACUCAAAACCUUACCUUCUUCAUAUUUUCAACUCUCUGCUUUUCACUUUAUUGCUGUUGCUCCUCGUGGUUUCAUCUAAGGGAAAUACCAUUGUAUGUGGAUUAAGAAAUGGAGCAACUGUGACAGUUGAUGUUCGCAAGAAACAGGGAGUUUCUACCGGACUUCCUAUUCUUGUUGUACACUUCAUGGUGCAUCGAGUAGUAAUCCACAGAUAUUUUCUAGGCAAAUGUUUGAGAAGAGUGGGAUGCUCGGGGUUGCUGCUACGGGAGCUUUGGUAUCUGCAGCUAGCAGUAACAACGGAGAUAAAAUUGGGACAAGUGCGAAACGAAUGUAUCAUUUGGCCUGUAAGAAAGAACAUAUUAGGAUCACAUUUCCCUUUUGAUGUUUUACCUUCUGUUGCUUAGUUAACAAUUGCAAUAAAAGUAUGUAAUGAAGCACUCUCAUGUAAAUAAUAUCUACUCUGUGUAAUUGUGAUAUAUGUAAUGAGUUUUAAACUAGAAGUAGUAA